GCCAUCUAACACUGCGCUGUACAUUUGCACAGCUUGUGCGCGCGCACUGCUUGCGUGUCUGUACACUGCUUGCCAGUGCUGGUCAGCUGUUCAGCCAGUGCGUGGUAAGAAGAAGAAGCGCGCGCACGUUUUUUUAUUUACAAAAAUUGUUCUUAGUCAAACGUAUCGAAUGCGCCAUGGAUGACAAUAUAACGUUCAAUGUAAUAACAAAGCCGGCUAUUAAAACAGUGAAAAAGGCGGCGCCUGUGGCAAAGGCGCUGAACAAAAAAACACGUGCAGCAGUGGCGGCAUCGUCGGGAUUUGAAUUCCAGUUCAAUGCAGAGAAGCCCAAGGUGAAGGCGCUGGUGGUGCGUCGUCGUGUGGCGACACAGCCAAAGGAGCCGGCAGCAGUCACAAAGCCGUCAGCGCAGUUAAAAGAGUCCUCAAAGGAGCAGUCAAAAGAGUUGUCCAAGAAACCCGUUAAACCUGCUGUGAAUGGCAACAAAGAUGCGACUGAGGACGACAACAGCUUCAUGUUCAAUGUAUUCACCGCACAGCCCAGCGUGCCCGCUCCCAAGCCCAAGUCCAAGGUGGUGGAGCCACCCAAACCGCUGCUCAACGAUCUGCGCAACAAAAAGCAACUGCGUGCCGCUCUGCGUGGACAAAAAGAGAAUCCCAACAAGCAGCCACGUGCCGGGGAUCUGUUCAAGGCGAAGCUGGAUGAGGAGCACAGACAAAAGCGUGCCGCCGAGCAGCCAACAACGAUAGCUGCUGAUGCUAAAGAAGAUGCAGAUGGCAAGCCAAAGACGCCAGCGCAGACGACAAACAAGUUUCGCACCAAGAAGAUUGGACUCUUCGAUCAGAGCGAUGUGGCUGCACUCAAGCAACUGGGACAACGGGCCGUCAAGCCCGUGAAAGAAACCAUCUUCUCGGGCAGCAAAGUGUCCAGCUUGGGGCUGCAUCCACAUGCCGAAAAGAAUCUGGCCGAUUUGCUAAGUAUCACCGAACUGACCACAGUGCAACAGAAGACCAUCCCAGAGGUGCUGGCAGGCCGUGAUGUGUUAGUGCGCUCGCAAACCGGAUCGGGAAAGACGUUGGCCUAUGCUUUGCCCAUUGUGGAGCGUUUGCAGGCCCAACAGCCGCACAUCAAGCGCACCGACGGUGUGCUCGCCCUAAUCAUUGUGCCAACGCGUGAGUUGACGCUGCAAACAUAUGAAUUGUUCCAGAAGCUGCUCAAGCCGUACACCUGGAUUGUAGCGGGCACUUUGCUGGGCGGCGAGAGUCGCAAGAGCGAGAAGGCGCGUCUACGCAAGGGCAUCAAUGUGCUCCUGGGCACACCCGGACGUCUCGUUGAUCAUCUGCUGCACACGGCCACAUUUAAUCUGUCGAAGCUGCGAUUCCUAGUGCUCGACGAAGCUGAUCGUCUGCUGGAGUUGGGCUAUGAACGGGAUGUCAAGCAGCUGGUGGAGGCCAUCGAUAAGCAGCGCACAGAGGCAGCCAAAACAGAAGCAGAGACAGAAGCAACUCCGGAGGCCGCUCCGGUUGCCAUGCAGAGCAUGUUGCUGAGUGCCACGCUCACGUCGCAGGUGCAACAACUGGCGGGAUUAACGCUCAAGGAUCCGCUGUACAUCGACAACAGCGAUGAAGCAGCGCAGGCGGCGAUUAAAGGCAACGCCAGCGGCUACGAGAAGGAAACGAUUGAAGCACAACUUGCCGAAGGACUCGGCGAGUACAUGGAGGAUUUGACGGGUGUGCUGAGCAUACCGGAGAAUCUGCAACUCAGCUAUGUGAUUGUGCCGCCAAAGCUGCGUUUGGUCACCAUUUCGGCGCUGUUGGCCAAAGAGCAAGCGGCGAGUCCAAAGCAGUUUAAGGCCAUCAUAUUUAUGAGCACCACCGAAAUGGUGAAUUUCCAUCAUGAUCUGUUAAACGAAGCGCUCACACGUCGCGUCCUUGACGAGGACGACGAAGAACUGGCUGCCGAACAGGAGCAGGCCAAUGAUGGCGAGAAGCCGCUGCUCCAAGGACUGCGAUUCUUCAAGUUGCAUGGCUCGAUGACGCAAACGGAGCGUCAGGGCGUCUUCCGUGGCUUUCGCGAUUGCGGCAGCUGUGUCCUGCUGGCCACCGACGUCGUUGGCCGUGGCAUCGAUGUGCCCGACAUCAAGCUGGUGGUGCAAUACACCGCAGCACAGACCACAGCGGACUUUGUGCAUCGCGUUGGACGCACUGCGCGAGCCGGUCGUCGGGGUCGAGCGGUGUUGUUUUUGGCGCCUAGCGAGGCGCAAUUUGUGCGGCACUUGGAGAACAAACGCAUUCGCAUUCAGCAGGCGGAUAUGUACAGCUAUUUGGAUGCGCUGGUGCCGCGGGAUCCGGAGGCACGCAAUGUCCAGGAGGCAGCUUCGAAUUUGCAGCAUAAAUUUCAAUCGCUGCUCGAGGAUGAUCGGGAGCUGAACGACAAGUCGUGCAAGGCCUUUGUCUCGUGGAUGAAGUUCUAUUCGACAUUUCCCAAGGAGCUGAAGUCCAUAUUCAAUGUGCGCGUCGCCCACAUGGGACACUUUGCCAAGAGCUUUGCCCUCAAGGAGGCGCCCAGCAAGUUUGCCCACAAGCAUGCCGCCCCCAAGCCGGCGCCGCCCACCAAUCGUCUCACCUACACGGAGCGUGAUCCGGAGAAGCUGCAGCAGGCGAAACGGGCCAAGAAGCGACUCUAUACGACAACGGUGAGCGGCGAAGUGCGGCAAAUGCAAUCGCAACAGCAGCAAGCAAGCAAACCAGAUGGCGAGCGGCGCCAUCUAUCGGCGGGCGGCGGCAACGGCGGCGGUUUCGGCAGCAAAAGCAACUUUAUGAAGAGCUUGAACAAAUCGCGUGCACUCAACAUAUCCGAGUUUGAUAGCGGACUUCCAGCUUUGCCAGCGCCCAAAAAACGCAAACAGGCAUAGUAGAAAGAGACAAAGAGAGAGAGAGAGAGAGAGAGGGAUAGAGAGUGAGGAGUGAAGAGAGCGGCAUUUUAGGGAGCUAUUCAAGCAUUUAAUCGAAAAGCAGAGCAGCUACAAAAAUGCUAAAAAGCCGAAGCCGAACCAGAAGCAGAGAGCGCCUCAUAAAAGUUUCAUUUUUCUCAACUUUUAAGCCCGGACGUCCUGCGGGAAAAGUUGGAAGACUCGCGGACGACGACGUCGACGACGAACGCAGCGUAGCAUAUUUUAAGCUCAUCUUUAUAGAGAAAACUCUUUUUAUCCUAUUUUUUUUUUUGUGUAUUUUCUGUAAUAUGUUUUUUAAGAGCAAAUAUUAGAAAUCCAUUUUCCGCUCAGUGCA